AUGAGAAUUCCAGUUCUUCGGUUAUGUGGCAACCACGCAAAUUUCCGAGAUUCGUGGGCUCGGAAUCGUCGCGCCUUUAGAGAAACAAAGGUGAAUCUUCCGUGGGAAUUAAUAGAAGAAAUACUCUAUAGAGUCCCAACCAAAUCUCUUAAACGAUUAGGCUCUACUUGCAAACAAUGGAACGCUUUAUUCGAAAACCAAAGAUUCACCAAGAAGCACUUUGACGAAGCUCCAAAGCAGUCGAUGGUUCUCAUGUUAAAGGAUUUUAGGGGUUGUCCUGAUGAUAGACUCGUUGUUUGGAACCCGUGUUUGAGAGAAACCAGGUGGAUUCAACACAAAGCUGAUUACAUGAAAUACUCAAUGUUUGCUCUAGGAUACCAAAACAACAAAUCUUGUCGUAGCUACAAAAUCUUGAAGUGUUGUUGGAACCCUAAUGCAUUUGAAGUCUAUGAGUUUAGCUCUGAUUCAUGGAAAGUUUUUGAUAAGUUUUCUUUGGAAGACUCCAUACCAUUUCAAACUGGUGUGUGUUUGAAGGGAAAUAGUUACUUUGUUACAAUAAAGAAGGUUUUGCUAAGUUUUGAUUUUGCGACCGAGAGUUUUAGUCGUGUAUGUCGUCUUCCGGUGCCAUUUGAGGAUUGUGAUUGGAUAAUUCUAUCAGUAGCUAGAGAAGAACAACUCUCAAUGUUACAUCAAAACUAUCGUACAUCAAAGAUGGAUAUUUGGAUGGCUAAUAGCAUUGAUGAUACCUUGUCGUGGAAGAAAACAUUUAGUGUGGAGUUAAUAAUUCCCGCUAAUUCUUCUUUUUAUUUGAUCGAUGAGGAGAGAAAAGUGGUCGUGUGUUGUAACGUAAGGCAUUCUAACGACCACAUUGUUAAGAUUAUAAUAGGAGAGGACAACGCAUAUUACACUGAACACCCUACUGUAACAUCUAAAAGUUGGACGGAGCGUUCAUGCAUAUUCAAUUAUGUUCCAAGUUUGGUUCGAAUCCAGUAA